CUCGGGCGGGAAGGGGGAAGCGCCUAGGCUGCCUGACUGGAAUGAGGGUAGCUGCGCCGACUGCGGCGGCGGGAGCGGGGCCGGCCAUGGCGGUGUGGACGCGGGCCACCAAAGCGGGGCUGGUAGAACUGCUCCUUAGGGAGCGCUGGGUCCGCGUGGUGGCCGAGCUGAGCGGGGAGAGCCUGAGCCUGACGGGCGACGCCGCGGCGGCUGAACCAGAGCCAGCUCUAGGGCCCGCGGCGGCCGCCUUCAACGGCCUCCCGAACGGCGGCGGCGCGGGCGACUCGCUGCCCGGGAGCCCGAGCCGCGGCCUGGGCCCCCCGAGUCCACCCGCGCCGCCGCGAGGCCCGGCGAGUGAGGCUGGCGCGUCACCGCCGGUGCGCCGAGUGCGGGUGGUGAAGCAGGAGGCGGGCGGCCUGGGCAUCAGCAUCAAGGGCGGCCGCGAGAACCGGAUGCCGAUCCUCAUCUCCAAGAUCUUCCCGGGACUGGCGGCCGACCAGAGCCGGGCGCUGCGGCUGGGCGACGCCAUCCUGUCGGUGAACGGCACCGACCUGCGCCAGGCCACCCACGACCAGGCCGUUCAGGCACUGAAGCGCGCCGGCAAGGAGGUGCUGCUGGAGGUCAAGUUCAUCCGAGAAGUAACGCCAUAUAUUAAGAAGCCAUCUUUAGUAUCAGACCUGCCAUGGGAAGGAGCAGCUCCCCAGUCACCAAGCUUCAGUGGCAGUGAGGACUCUGGUUCUCCAAAACACCAGAACAGCACCAAGGACAGGAAGGUCAUUCCUCUUAAAAUGUGCUUUGCUGCUCGAAACUUAAGUAUGCCGGACCUGGAAAACAGAUUAAUAGAGCUACAUUCUCCUGAUAGCAGGAACACGUUGAUCCUACGCUGCAAGGAUACAGCCACAGCACACUCCUGGUUCGUAGCUAUCCACACCAACAUAAUGGCUCUCCUCCCACAGGUGUUGGCCGAACUCAAUGCCAUGCUUGGUGCAACUAGUACAGCAGGAGGCAGCAAGGAAGUCAAGCACAUUGCCUGGCUGGCAGAACAGGCAAAACUAGAUGGUGGAAGACAACAAUGGAGACCCGUCCUCAUGGCUGUGACUGAAAAGGAUUUGCUGCUUUAUGACUGUAUGCCAUGGACGAGGGAUGCCUGGGCAUCACCAUGUCAUAGCUACCCGCUUGUUGCCACAAGGUUGGUACAUUCUGGCUCCGGAUGUCGAUCACCCUCCCUUGGAUCUGACCUUACAUUUGCUACCAGGACAGGCUCUCGGCAGGGCAUUGAGAUGCAUCUCUUCAGGGUGGAGACACAUCGGGAUCUGUCAACCUGGACCCGAAUACUUGUUCAGGGUUGCCAUGCUGCUGCUGAGCUGAUCAAGGAAGUCUCUCUAGGCUGCACGUUAAAUGGUCAAGAGGUAAGACUCACUGUCCACUAUGAAAGUGGGUUCACUAUCUCCAGGGAAAAUGGAGGUUCCAGCAGCAUACUGUACCGCUACCCCUUUGAAAGGCUGAAAAUGUCUGCUGAUGAUGGCAUCAGAAAUCUGUAUCUGGAUUUUGGUGGCCCUGAGGGAGAGCUGACCAUGGACCUGCACUCCUGUCCAAAGCCGAUUGUAUUUGUGUUACACACAUUCUUGUCGGCCAAAGUCACUCGCAUGGGACUGCUUGUAUGAGCAGCAAAAAAAAAUCAGUAAAUAAAGAGCCUUGAAUGUCACAAGAAGUAUCUCCACCUCAAAAAAAAAAAAAAAAAAAAGCACAAAAAGAACACUCUUUCCUCUCUCCUCUGGCACAGUGCCUUGACACGGACCUGCAAAUCACUGCUGAACUGUAACCAUGUUUAAAGAAGAGCCUGCCUUUUACAAGCUACCUUGGCCAGAAAUCCUAGGACUGGAAUAAGCUCCAAAAUGAAGCUGUUGAUUUAUUGUCUAGUUCCUAAUGUUGUUUCUAAGUAAUUAGGUUUUUUUUCCCCUGUUAAGAAGGGUGGCUCAUUCUUUUUCUUUUUGGACAUAAUCUAACAUCUAAGAGUUUAGGGUUUUUUUCCUUCCUCUUCCAGAAGGAAUUAUUUCAGGCUUAGCCUUGAUCUCUUGCUUAGGACACCUCUCUCUUCCCAGGUGCUAGUCUGCAACAGCCUGUCACUCGAGUUAGGCUAUACAUUUUGAUCAAGUCUACUGUCCUUACUUACUCCUUCCACCCUAGGAAGUCCUUGAAUUUGUCACCAAAGGCUUCCUCAUCCAUCCUGGCUCUCCCUACAUCUCCCCCGGCCGUUACUUCUGACCACAUCACAAGCUUUGCCCCUCAUAAAUGCUAACUGCAGGACUUAGAACUUGUGAGAUUUGAUUUGCUUUGCCUUCCACACUCCCUUUCUAGUGGUGACCAACUUGAAAAGCAAGCUGGGAACCACUGCUUUGAAAGAAAAAUUUUGCUUGUUUUAGGAUUUUCUGAUUUUAUCUUUGGUAGGAGCCAGAGGAUAAGAUUUAUUUUAAAAGAAAAUCCUCAUUUUAGCCUAAGCCAUUUUUUAUUGCUUACCAAAUGUGCCUUUAGUUAGGGUUAGUGGAGCUUUAUUAGUCACUCUUUGGAUAACUGGAUAUCACUGCCAUUCCAGGGAGAUCAGCUAUCCUAGUUUUGAGAAGUAGUCUUUGAGGUGGGUUUCCUUAGUGUGGUAUCUUUUCUAGUUGGCAGAUGUCUUUAAGGAAGAUAAAUCCUGGAGAGUCAGCUUGUUUAAAGCGUACACUUUGUCGGUGAAGCCAUCUCUUCAGCACAAACAUCAUGUUCACGUCGCUUUGGGCCGUGUGAGCCCACUCUGGGGUCUUGGCCCUGGCCCUCUCACUCUGUGGCAGCAGAGUAGCAUCUAUCAGCAGCUGCUAAUUCAGUGCUGGCUCAGUGAUGCAUCCUACAAUGGGCAGGGUGACAAGACCAUGGAACAGGUACCUGGGCUUUGCUAAGCAUCGCCAGAUGUCAUCAUUAGGACAUAGCAGCAGUAAGAGUGCUGAUUGUGUUGUACUGGAGAAUCACAGUCAGCUUCUUUUUCCUAAUUAUGAAGGAGGUAUAUAUCUGAAAACAUUUAAAAUAAUAUAUUAGCCAUAUAGAAUGUCAAGGUUAACAUAGUUCCCAGAUCUGAAAGAAAAGGCAAUAUUAACUUGGAUGUUCUGUAUGCUCUCUGAAGAAAGGUCUGGGAAUAGUCAUCAUUUACUAGAUUUAUCAGGAAUGACAUAAGAGGAUGUGAGCUCUUUGGAGCGGGGAGGAGGGCAUCAAUCCAAAGAUAAAAAAGAAAAAAAAAAAACGCAAAUGGACUAUUUGCAAAACAAGAGCUAUUUGGUUUGAGGGCAAACUGACCGGUAGGUUGGACAUAUAAAAGGGCCAACUUAAUGAGAAGAGAGAAUUCCAGUUAGACACCGUCGCCUCAUUGUUUUCCCUCUGCCCAUAAAUCUGUUCUUCCCCCAGCUCCAGUCCCCAAAGUGAAUUGUCUAAUCUACUUAAAACUGGAAAUCGAAAUCUAAACUAAAAUAUAUCUUUUGAAAGCUUU